GGUAAUAAAAUAGUAAAAUGAUUAUUCAUGGAAUGACUAUUCAUCUAUUGUAUUUUCAUCAAAUAGGGGGCAAGAAGACUCUAUGGAAAAAUGGUGGUUCAAUUCGAUGUUGUCUAACGAUAAGUUAGAGCAUAGGUGUGGACUAAAUAAAUCAAUGGAUAGUCUUGAUGCUAUUGGGCAUACCAGUGGAAGUGAAGAACCCAUUCUAAAUGGUACGGAGAAAAACAUUCCUAGUCGGAGUGAUAGUGGCAGUUAUAGUUUCAGAAAUGUUGAUUAUUUAUUUGAUAUCAGGGAUAUUUGGAGUUUGAUCUCUGAUGACACUUUUUUAGUUAGGGAUAGUAAUGGUGACAGUUUUUCCGUAUGUUUUGAUAUUGAAAAUCAGAUUUUUGAGAUUGACAAUGAUAGUUCUUUUCUGAGUGAACUAGAAAGUUUUUUUUCUAGUUAUUUAAAUAGUGGGUCUAAGAGAAACAAUCACUACUAUUAUCAUUACAUAUAUGAUACUCAAUCUAGUUGGAAUAAUCACAUUAAUAGUUGCAUUGAUAAUUAUCUUCGUUUUGAAGUCAGUAUUAAUAGUUCCAUUUCGGGCGGUACCGACAAUUACAGUGACAGUUACAUUUAUAGUUUCAUUUGUACUGAAAAUGUAACUGGUAGUGAAAGUGGGAGUUCUGGUAUAAGAACUAGUAAAAAUGGCAGUGAUUUCAAUAUAAGAAGAAGAUCUAAUGAUUUCGGUAGAAAUAAAAAAUACAGACAUUUAUGGGUUCAAUGCGAAAAUUGUUAUGGAUUAAAUUAUAAAAAAUUUUUUAGGUCAAAAAUGAAUAUUUGUGAACAGUGUGGAUAUCAUUUGAAAAUGAGCAGUUCAGAUAGAAUCGAACUUUCGAUUGAUCCGGGGACUUGGGAUCCUAUGGAUGAAGAUAUGGUCUCUAUGGACCCCAUUGAAUUUCAUUCAGAGGGGGAACCCUAUAGAGAUCGUAUCGAUUCUUAUCAAAGAAAGAUAGGUUUAACUGAAGCUGUUCAAACAGGCAUAGGUCAACUAAAUGGUAUUCCCAUAGCAAUUGGGGUUAUGGAUUUUAAGUUCAUGGGAGGUAGUAUGGGAUCCGUAGUAGGCGAGAAAAUCACCCGUUUGAUCGAGUAUGCUACUAAUCGAUCUUUACCUGUCAUUAUUGUGUGUGCUUCUGGAGGAGCGCGCAUGCAAGAAGGAAGUUUGAGUUUGAUGCAAAUGGCUAAAAUAUCUUCCGCUUCAUAUAAUUAUCAAUCAAAUAAAAAUUUAUUCUAUGUAUCAAUCCUUACAUCUCCUACAACCGGUGGAGUAACAGCCAGUUUUGGUAUGUUGGGAGAUGUCAUUGUUGCUGAACCUAAUGCCUACAUUGCAUUUGCGGGUAAAAGAGUAAUUGAACAAACAUUGAAAAAGACAGUACCCGAUGGUUCACAAGCGUCUGAGUAUUUAUUCCAUAAAGGCUUAUUUGACCCAAUUGUACCACGUAAUCCUUUAAAAGGUGUUCUGAGUGAGUUAUUUCAGCUCCACGGUUUCUUUCCCUUGAAUCAAAAUUCAAAAAAUUAAUAAAGUAUAGCACUAAAUUCAGUUAUUUGUAGCGAACAAGUAUUUAGUUCAUCGUAAUCAAAAAAAAAACUAAAAAGAAUGGUGUUUUCUUUGAUGACAUAAGUUCUACUUGUAAUAAGAAUUAGAAGUUUCGGGUAAUUACUUUUUAUUUUUUCCUCCAGAUCUAUUUUUUUAUCCUACCUCUAUUCAUGAUUAGUAAUCACAAACCUUCUAUCAACAGGAUAAAAAAGUGAAUUUUUCCCUCCGAAGAAUUAGAAUUAGGGAAAAUAAAAAAAAAAUUCUCUGGCCUUCUUACGUAUUAAUAUAGACAAUAAAAAAAAAUAUCGAAAUCAAAAUAAAAAGAAA